AUGCUUCCUUUCAGCUUGUUGCAUAUUGAAUUCAAGACCGAACUUUUUUUUCUUUUCGUUUUACCUUCACUCUAUUCAUAUCUAUCUAUCUAUCUAUCUAUCUAUCUAUCUAUCUAUCUAUCUAUACAUACAUACAUACAUACAUACAUACAUACAUACAUACAACAAACAGGUGGAACAGUAUAUCAUUUUUGCCGAACGAACAUUGAAGGAACCUCUUUCUCUCCUCCCUCUCUUUCCCCCUUUCCCCCCCUCUCCCCCCCCCCCCCCCCAUCCCCCUCCUCUCCCUCUCUCUCUAUCCUUAUUCGGUAUCUAUCUAUCUAUCUAUCUAUCUAUCUUACUCUGCUCAUUAUCUAUCUAUCUAUCUAUCUAUCUAUCUAUCUCAUUAUGUCAUUAUCUCUCUCUCUCUCUCUCUCUUUGUAUGUUUAUAUCUACUUAUCUAUCUAUCCAUUUGCACAACAGAUAUAUUCGUAUAUAUUUUUAGCGGUGUGUUAA